AUGGCAGCUCGCACACGCCCACUCACAAACCUCCUCACCGCCUUCCGCCCCUCGACCACCUCCACCUCCCUCCGCUGCCUCACCAUCACCUUCCACAGCAACACCCGCCCCUUCCACCACUUCACCCCUCUCGCCUACCCGGCCGCCACCUCCCUCCCCAACUCCACCACCCAACAAACCACCGCCUCCACCCCUCCACCGCCGCCCCAAGGCACCUCGACACCCCUCGACACCCGCAACGCCGCCUUCCUCGGCGAAUCCGACUCCAACGACCUGCACGAACUCAACCUCACCACCGACCCCCCACCCCAACCCGCCCUGGACGCCCAGCACGCCGCCUUUUUAGGCGAGGCGGACAGCGACGACGGCUUCGAAGCCCACAAGGACGCGCACGGAAAAGUCGAGGCCGUGGACGCGAGCCAGAGCGCGUUUCUGGGCGAGGCGGACAGCGACGAUGGGUUCGAGAGCCAUGUCGAGGUGUAUCCCGAGAAGCAUCGGCAUGAGUUGGGCGAGGAGAGUGUGAGGGGGAGUGCGGUGCAUGGGGAGAGUGGGGAGGGGGAGGGGAGGCUUUAA